AUGAGCACUAGCAACAGUGCUGGGGGAUCGCGCCUCUCGUCUUCUUCGACUUUUGGUCGAUCUUCCCUUGCCUUGAACGAUCUAAUACCAACUGCUCUUCAGUUGGCCUCAAACACUGUUGCCACUACAGCGUCUGUGGUAUUUUCUCCACUAGCAACUCGGGCGGCUAAAGGUGAUACAAUGGGCAUUAUAACAGAUCUUGCACCGGCCAUUAUGGACCAACGUCGACUACAACAGUACAUUACUGGAAAGCAUAGGCAGGUGCAAGAUGGAUCAAAUCAAUCACCUCUACCAUCUGAGGAUGGGUCACAGAAGAGAUUGAGUUUAUUGAAUACGGAAAUGCCGGAAUCAGAGGCUCCGUUAUCAUUGCUGGAAGGAUUCAAAGCUUCAUAUCCAGAGUAUGAUAGCUUUAGAAAGUCUGUCACUAAGCAGAAAAAGAAGAAAACAAGAGGAGUGUUAAAUGGUGUGUUUGAUGGCCAUGAUGGAUCAUCGGAUACUGCUUCGAUAGAUGGCGAAUCAAAACCACUCAACCAACUCAUUACCGAUCGGGACCGUGUCGUCAGAGAAAACGACCGUCUUAACGCUCAGGAGUUAGACACGAUAGCAGAAAUAGAGAAAAUUGAUAAAGAAAUCGAACGGUUACUAGCAAAAAAAGAAAGCCUAUCAUCUCAAUUGCUUACAUUUGAAGUGCGGAAGAGCGAACUAACUUAUCAAGUUGAGGAAUUGAAUUAUAAGAUUUCAAGCUUUGUUCACGUGGAGAGGAUUGGAACAGAUGAGAAAGGACGACUAAAGCAUAGUAAACGACGAGCAAAACGACACGAGUCUGGCUUUUGCUUUGGAACGCUAGAAGGUCAUGAAGAUGUAAUAAAAUGUGUUGACUUUGAUAGGCCUGGGGGCUUCUUAGUGUCGUCAUCGCUGGAUAAUACUGUACGAGUGUGGAACUUGACUACCAAUAGAUGUGUCGGGCUUCUCGAUGGACAUGAAGAUAUUGUAACUUGUAUGCAAAUUCACGAUAACCGUCUUAUCACUGGUUCCAAGGACAAAUCAAUCCGCCAAUGGAAUCUUUCGCUUUUGCCCCAAUCGGACAUGUUAGCUGUUCUGCCACAUUGUCAUUACAAAUCAAUAUCCUCAUCCACAAAGAGCAGUUUCGACAUGACUGAUGAUUAUACGUUGGAAAAUAUUGGUGAGACUGUGUGGGUAGCUACAUUGGAAGGACAUUCUGGGGAAAUCACUUGUCUUUAUCAUGAGGACCAGUGGCUGGUCUCUGGCUCAGCAGAUAAGACAAUGAAGCAAUGGGAUUUGGAAACAGGACAAUGCAUACUGACAAUGGAUUUGCUAUGGGCAAUGUCAAGCGCCAAGUUAUCACAUGCACCGUUGGCUGAGAGUUUCGUGUUUGAUUUGCUUGACGAGGGAGACUUUAUUGGUGCACUGCAGUUCUGGAACUACGCAUUAGCGAGUGGGACAAGAGAUGGUGCCAUUCUAAGGACAGGACAAACGCAUAGGACAUUGCUCGGCCAUUCGGGACCGAUCACAUCGCUACAAUUUGAUGAAUAUCACGUUGUCAGCGGAAGUAUGGACAAGAGCAUUAGGAUAUGGGAUUUACGAACGGGAACCAUAUUAGACACAUUAUCGUAUGAAAAUGCUGUAGCAGGUUUACAAUUCGACGCCCAGCGUAUAGUCUGUGCAUGCGGAGUUAAUGAAAUUAAGCUUUAUAAUCGCUCGACUUUACAACACUCAAGCUAUUCAGGUCACGUUUCACCAGUAAAUUGUGUAAAAUAUAAAGAAUCAAUAUUAGCGUCUGGUGGAAACGAUAAUAUUGUCAAGUUAUGGGGUCUGUGA